GCGAAUCGCAAGUCUGAAAAUUGGUAUAUCGUAUACAAUCAUGAUAUAUCGAUAAAAAUAAAAUGUAAUGUAAUGUAUGUAAACUGCGAAAGUGAAGUGUCUGCUAGGUUUCAUAUUUGUUAUAAAUAAUGAAAUAAUGAUCGUUUGAAGUUAAAUAAUUCCAAAAAUAUUUUAUUGAAUAAGAACAGUUAUUAUGCUAACUAAAAACUAUUGUGCUAUAACUUAAGAAUUUUUACUUGAAGUUUAAAUUAUUUUGUGUAAAUAAGUAUUUGCAUUACACUUGUUAUAACUAAAUAAUAAUAUUUUACUGAAACGCUUAAUGUUCACCUACCAACUGAAAUAAUGAAUAUUGAUGAAGAGUAUUUACAUCUAUUUAACACGGAUAAUGAUUAUUCAGACAAACAAGAUUCUUAUUCUACAAUGAAAUCAUCGCUACAGUUUCAGUGGAAAGAUAUUGAUAAUGGGACGUCUGCACCAUUAAUAAAAGAAAAUUUUUGUAAAUUAGUUUUAUAUGAUGAAAUUGAUGCAAAUACAAGGAUACGCAUCUGGGAUCUUUCAAUUCUUAUUCCAAAUAUUCUUUUUUUGGUGUUUAUGCUUGUCAGAUGUAACAAAGCAAGAUUGAAACUGCGAGCUACCAACAGUCCAAUAUUUUCUACAUUCUAUAUUUUGGUAGCUUUAAAUGCUGCUAUUAGUGUUUUACGAUGCAUUGUCGCUAUGACUGUAAAUGCAACCAUUCCAAUUGGGGAAAUCACAGACAAAAUUUUAUGGGUCAUUGUACGAUGUUUCUUACUUGCUACUGAAAUCAGUGUUCUGAUUUUUGGUCUAGCAUUUGGGCAUCUUGAUAGUCAAACAAGCAUAAGAAGAGUUUUACUGGUGACAUCUCUUCUCUCAUCUGUUUAUUCUGGACUUCAAGGUGUUCUUGAAAUAACUGCUCCUGAUGAAAAUUUCAUCCGUGUUGACAAAAAAGGAUUAUUCGGGCAUGGAGGCAUGCUGUUUUGGUUUAUUAGUUCCAUAAUUUUCAGUUUGAUUUAUCUUAUUGUUUUAAUUUUACCCUGGACAAAACUAAGAGAAAAGCUUGCUCUACCUACUAAACCUUCAUUUUAUUGGUACAUAUUAUUCUUAGACGUAUUAAAUAUUUCCCAAGCUGUUGGAAGUGGUUUAUUGUACUAUAGAGAAGAAAAUGGAUUAUGUGUUGUUGACAUGACUGCAUAUAUAUAUUUCACUCUCUUCACCCCAUUGGUGUAUAGAACAUUCUUAGCUGAUUUUUUCAGCGUUUCUCAACCAAGUAUUAUGUUUUCAUACAAAGCUCAAGUAGAUGAUGCUGUGGAAGAUGACAAUGUCAGCUUGCCUCAUCAGCUUUCUUGUUCAUCUUUAAAAACUGAUUCUGAUUAUAUAUACCAAAACAAUUCCUUAUAUGACAGCACUCAUUUUGAUGCUGUAAACGUUAACCCUCUAUACAUUCAUUCCCUACAAUCACCUGACAGUUUGAAUGGAUUCGAAGCUCCUAGCGUGACUGGCAGCAUAAACUCAAGCCCUGCUCCUCAACAACAAUAUCAACAAACACCAUUGUCAUCCAAUAAUAAACAAACAUCACCUUAAAUUCUCUAUGAUUAUUCAAUAACAUUUUAAUAGAAAGUCAAUUUCUUAAUUAGUAAGACUUUUUGAUAUUAUGAAACAUAAAUUAAGUAUUGUUUUUAUAGCGUUAAUUAUAAGGUUGUUAUAUUUUUUCCCAUACUCACUCUUUUGUUUUGUAAUAAAUUGCCAUGAGUUAUUUCUAGUAUAGAAUAGUCUAUAGCUCUAACUUUUUAUAAAGUAAAAUAUUAUUUGUGCAUAUAAUAUGGUUAAUAGUUUUCUUAUUUUAGGAUAAAUUGUUGUAAAUAUUGUGCAUUGUUAUAAGAUUUUGCACACUUUUAUGGAAGAAAGAACAAUAGUACUGAUCAUUUAACCACCAUAUAUUAGCAUUCACUGAAAACAGUCUGUAGAAAAUGAUGCUUUUGUUUGUAUUUAGCAUCAGCAUUUAAGUUAUUGUAUAUUAAAGUUAAUUAUUACACAACACAGUCUGAAUUUUCAUUAAUUAACAAUGUAGUCAUCUUGUAUUUAUUUAACAUGUAUUUAUAACUGACUCAUAUAACUUAAAUGAUCUUUGAAUUCUAUAAAAUUUAUAAUUUUGCUAUUAUUUUAUGAUACCUUUAAUUGCAACAUAUUUUCUUAUAACAAUUUUUAAUUUAUUUUAACAAAUUAUUUAAUGUAUAAUUACUCUUUUUUAUUUAAAAGAGACAAAUCAUGAAUCAAUAUCAGUGAUGACUCAAUCUAUCAAUAAAUCAAUAUCAUUUGCUUAUGAUAGAGCAUCUUUCUCUUAGUAAGUGUGAUUUAUGAAUGCUUGUUAUGAUUUAACUUAAUUUUAUUAUGGAAAUUUUAUUUAUCUUCCUCCCAAAAUUAGUAGGAAAAAAAUUAUACUAUAAUAAAUUAUUUUUCUUUAAAAAGGUUGUAAUUUUGAAGAAAAAAAAUCCAAUAAUUAGUACAUUAUAUGGAGAAACUACUUAUCUAAUUAGAGUUCAUUCAACUAUGCAAUAUAGGGGAAACAUUGUCGAAGCAUUUGAUUAGUUACUAUGUUCUUCCCAACAAUCAAUGAUAUAUUUAAUACUUUUUUAUAAUAUAAGCUGUGAAGAGAAAAAUUCAGUAAGUCAAAAACAAUCUAUUUUUUAAAAUAUUUAGUCUUUUGUGGAAAAUUUGGCAAAGUUAUAAAUUACCCCUUAAGGCAUUUUUUCAUCACAUUUGACUUGUAUUGAUCAUGUUCAAAACUAUUGUAACUGUGCCAUUUAUCGUUGAACAGUUUUUAAUGGUAUUCUAUUGAAGAUAGCUCAAAACAGAGACUUUCAUUUGUCUGUAAAAGUCAAGAAAGUAUCAGAGAAUUUUAUUCAAAUAAGCUAAAUAUCAGGAAAAAUGCUUGAUUUCAAUUUGAAGUACUUUAGUCUUAUCAACUAGGUAUAUUUUGGGGUAAAAAAAGACAUGCACAAUUUACUAAUACCGUUUCACUUUAUACCAAUAAAUAGAAAUCUACUAAAAGUUUGCUUGCCUCAUUAAUGAAGUUAUCUGUAAAAAAAAAUCUUAUUAUUAUUUUUUUUAACUGUUUAAGCGAAAAUUGAUUGAACAUUUAAUAUGAAAUAUCAUAUUAUUAAAAAUAUUUGUCCUCAUUAUUAAAAAACAGCAUUUAAUCUUAGACAGUUACACUAAUUUGACAGUAACACUACCAUUUUGUCAAGUUUAUAUGUCAUUAAUAGAUGCAUAAAAAAGGGGUUAUUCAUUAUAUCGCUUUACUGUUAUCUACUGAAUUCUUUCACAUAAUGCUGUUUGGUUUAUGCUUGUAAUAUAAUUUAAAAAUGAAAACAUUUUUAUCAACUUCAGUUGUAUAUACAAGAGUUUUACACAUGAGCAAGAAAGAACUGAAAAAUAAUUAAUAAAUUUUAUACCAGCAGUCAAGGAGAUUUGAUAACAAUCAGUUCAGAAUAAUCAGGGAAAAGUCGGAAAUUUUUUUUCUGGUUAUUUGUGAAAAUCCUGUCUAUCAAAAAAUGUAGUAAUUUUACAACAGGAAACUAGCUUACAUUGCACUUGCCCAUAAUUAAUGAUAUUUUUAAUACAUUUAUCUAUGCAAUAUUUGUCAAACAUUGUUUAUUUAAGUUUUAAAAUUUUUUUUAUAAGCAUUAAUAACUGACUAGCAAAACAAUCAAUAUUAGCAGCUAAUAGUAAAAGUACUGUACGAUAAAAAAAAAACUACUUUUUUCUCAUUUUUGUGUGGAAGGUUUUACAUAUUUUCUAUUAUUGAAUGAAAGUAGUGUUUUUCUACAACUACAAUUACUCAAUAUUGAACUUAUUUUAAACUGUAGUGAUGGAUUGUGUGAUUUCCAUUUGAGCACGUUACAAUGGUGCUAAAUGUCAUUAAUUAUUUUCUAAAAAGUUGACUAUUAAUUUCAGUUUUCAACAAGGCACAUAAUAAAUAUGUAUUAAAUGUAUUUAGCUCUGUAGUUUAUGUCUAACAAAAUACAUAUUUUUAAUAACUUAUUUUAUUCUUCACAAUCGACAAAUAAAACAAUUUAAAAUUCAUUUACUAAUAAAUUGUACAAUUUUAUUUAUUUACUAUCUGACUGAUAUAAUUCUUUUUAAUAAGAAGUGGUAAAGUUAGUUGCCUAAUAUUUGAAUAUGUAUUGUUCAGAUUGAAUUAUUCUUUUGUUUUUAUUUUUAUAAUCAGCAGUCAUUUUCUGCAAUAACUCAAAAUAAUAUUGCACUUUUGUUAGUGUUCCUGUAAAGUGUUCUUAUCAUUUAUAAGAAGAUGACUCAUAUGAGAUUUUUUGUACUUCAAUAUAAAAUGCAUUUUCCAGUAGAAUUUUAGAUAGCUCUCUCAUAAAUAUUUUUACACCACUGCUAGUGUUAAGUUAUGCUGAAAUUGAUGUACAACUUUUCCUCUUUUGAUAAUUGAAAACUAUAGUUAUAAUUAGGGUUGUGGCAUGAGGAAGAAAAGACUUAAAUCCACGAAAAAUUUUGAAAAGUUCAAAGAAACACAAAUAUAAUUAAAAUUAUGUAUUGAUAGCCGUGGACAUCGUGCAAAUAGUAAAAUGAAAAAGUAAAAAAGAAUUUUUAAAAAAUUUUUUCUUUUAAUUAAUGCGAUAUUAAUAUUUUUUUAUUCAAAUAAGCAAAAUCUUGUACAUAGUUUAAUUAGUCUCAGAAAUAUUUUGUUGUUCAUCAAGUGCGAUGUGUUUUCAACACAAAGGAUUUAUAAAUUUUAUUGCACACUCAAAUAGACUAUGUUACACUAUAAUUAUAGUAGGCUUUCUGAUUAAAAAGGGAACUUAUUAAAAAAAUUCUUUCUUUCGUGUUCUUAUUAAACUUUAGGGAAGCAUGUUUAUUGUUAUUACUUUAUCAUCCAAGAAUUUCAUGGACUUAAGAAAAAUAUUAAUAAUCAUGGAAAUCCAUGAUGUACCAAGCUUGCAACCCUACUUAUAAUUAUGAUAAAUGUCUUGCUUUUUUACCAGAAAUCGAAGGACUUAAUGUGAAAUAAUUAGACUGGUAACAUUUAUUAUAAAUCUAUUGCAAGUACCUAAAUUAGGAUGAAUAAAAUCUCAAUUUUUGUCCAAGAUCUACAUCUAAAAUAUAUUUAGGAUUUCAUAAACUCUAAUUUUUCCAUGUUAAAUGCUUCAUUAAGAGAAUAAAUAUAUUGUAGUUACUGUUUAAAUACUUAUAUCUUCAUGCUUUAAGCAGAUAUAUUUUUAUUAUAUAUGCUAUUACAUUUUCCCCUUUGAUCAUAAAAGUAGACACUUAAAAAAUGUGAAAUGAUUCCAUUGAACAUUAAAAUUAUUACUUGCAAUUUGUUUAGUACACCUUUUUCACUUUAGUCUUAAAAUCUUCAAAAAUCAUGAACUUCACUUUUAUUUCAUUUAAUUUACUAAAUAUAAUAAUAAUGCAUUAAAGGAAGUUUCAGUUUGUUUGUUGUAAUCUUAUUGCCCAUUAGAACAAUUAUAUUUUAUACUUGUGAAUUGCAUUAUUUGGUAUAUUUGCUGCUCCAAAAAUUAUUUUUAAUGAAUGAGCUAAAAGUAAAAAGCUGUAGGUCACACUUAAAAUUCACCAAAUGUGUUUUAACUUAAGAAUAAGAUAAAGCUAAUUUUUUAAUUAAACUUUUUUUAUUAUUUUUUAGAACUUCGUUUAAAAUUAACUUGAGCCUGUGAUAAAAAAAAAUCUGCAUUUACAACUGGUAUAAUUUUUCUUGGUUUUCCUAAAAGAAGACAAAACAUUUUUUAGCUCUCUAGUGCCUAUGUUAAUGCUUAGCAAUAUGCAUUUUAAUAAUUAUAUAUUCCUUAUAAUUAUGUAUUUCUUUUUUUUUUUUUUUUUUUUUAGAUAUACUUUUUGUCAAUUUUAAUCUUGUUGACAUGUAAAUAAACUAAAUUCUUAUGAGGAGGUUUUGUUUAAUCCAUGAAGUAAUGAGCAUUACAUUAAAUCAUUGGUUAAAAUAGAUAUUUACCUUUUACUUUCUAUUCGUUAUAUUCUCAGUAGCGAAAUUAAAUCAGCCUAACAAGGGGCAUUGCAGAUUUAUAUUUGCCUUGCAGAUAAAAACUUGUAAAUACAAAUAUCUAACCAUGGACUGUGAAGAUAAGUCUUAAAAUUUUCCAUGAUGUUGCAGAUCAAUACAGAAGUUUCUGCUAUUGGGCUUAUAUUUAGAAAUACAUUUUAUAUUAGAACCAUAGUUGAUAUAGUAGUUUACAAUUCCCAUUUUGAGUCAAAUGAAGCUGUUUUAAAUUCUAACUUCUCACCUUUCUAUUUCAUUAAGAUCUGAUAAAUGUCAAAGCACAUGCAACUGAACCUGUUGAAAAAUGUUUUUUAAAAGAUAUCUCAUGCUAAAGGCAUGGCUUGCUAUCAAUAUAUAAUAUCUUUUGUAAUUUUUAAUAAGUAAUUUGCACUUGUUGACUGAGGUCUUUAUAUUAAACUUCUGCUAGUUGUAUACUUUUAUUUGCUAUAUCUAUUAAUUUAUUAAAAAUGUUAUGUAAUUUUAUAUAUUUAAAUUAACUUAUUUAAAUUAACUUAUUUUAUUUAAAAUUAACUUUAAUAAUAAAGAAUAUAAAGGUCUAGCAAAUAAAAUAUUUUUCCUUUCCUAACUUCAAAUCAAAAUUUCUUAGCUUAUUAGUAGCUUCUGUUAUAAGCAAAUGUACUGCAAAAUAAUCCAUUUUGUGUCUGUGAAAUGUUUUGGGAAAUAUGUUAUUGAAUUUACUUCUUUAAAUAUUAGAAUAAUAAAGGCAAUCGGGACAUUUUAAAAAA